AUGGACCUUCUACAGAGUCUUGUCCUUUUCUGUGCUUCGUGCAUUAUCUCGACAAUAUCUGCACCUCUGGAGAGGAUACACCUAGAGAAGUUGUCCACCAUUUUCCUCCCCUAUACCUACGUCGAUGGCGUCGGACAGUACCAGUAUAACUCCCAGUCCGCCACCCAGUCAGCCUACGACUCAAGUCAACAUGUUGUCUACGUGAUCGGUGGUAAUCUGCUGCACGCCUAUGACAUCACCGACCCUUCGAACCCAGUAAUGAUAUUUAAGACGAUGAUCAAUGACGUGGAACUAACGGACGUGGAAUUUUGUGGCGAACAUCUUCUCGUGGCGAUGGACAACCUGGUGGACAAAGAGAAUGGAAUGGUGAAGAUUUAUAGAAGAUACAACACAGUUAAAAAAUCUCUGGAUCUCGUUCACACCAUCACAGUUGGGCCUUUGCCGGAUAUGAUUCUACCAACCUCCGACUGCCAAACAAUCGUCGUAGCUGUAGAAGCAGAGGCAUAUCACAAUGGGUCUCACUUCAUUGAUCCGGAGGGGGCUGUCGGAAUCAUCAAUUUUCAGCCACUCCAGGGCGCUGAGAGUGAUUUCCGUUACACAAAGCUCGAUUUUAGGAAGUACAACACACAGUGGGAAGACCUGGUAGCUCGUGGAGCGAGAUUCGUAUACAGAGAGAACAAUAAUUCUUUCUCCAACGACGUAGAGCCGGAGUUUAUCACCUUCAGUCAGGACGAAAAGACCGCAUAUGUAGGGCUCCAGGAAAACAACGCUAUUGCGGAAGUGGACAUUGUCAAUGAAGAGAUCCUUGCAAUUCACCCACUAGGAUACAAAAACUGGACCAACUCUAAGUUUGAUGCUAGCAAUAAAGACCACGCUAUCAACAUCCGGUCCUGGCCAGUGAUGGGGAUGUACCUCUGUGACUCUAUCAAGAGGAUCACUGUAGGGGACAAGUCUUACAUACUGACAGCAAAUGAAGGGGAUUACAAGGACUACUCCAAAAUCCCAGGGGCCGGAGGUUUUAGCGAGGUGUCCCGUAUAUCCAGCCUUACUAUUGCUGACUCCUCCAAUAUAGCCAGAUGGGCGGAAGUGAAUGGAUUUAAUAGAACUCUACAAAAUAAAGAAAAUCUAGGGCGUCUGCAGGUCAGUAACUUAGAAGGUAAGGUCGGGGAUGAGUACAAUGCAUUGUAUGCAUAUGGAGGAAGAAGUAUGUCAGUUUUUGAUCUGACAACGUUUGACAUUGUUUACGACACCGGAAGUGACGUCGAGGAAUUAAUAGCAAAACAGGAACCAAUGAUGUUUAAUGCGGACGGAAAAAAGGGUAAUGUCGUGGUUUCAUCGACCAAAGAUUCAAGAUCUGAUAACAAGGGGCCAGAGGUUGAGAGUGUGGAGGCCGCACAGAUCGGUGACACAACGGUCGUCUUUUUGGGGAUUGAAAGGCCUGGGUUCAUCUUAGUCUACUCAAUAACUGACGACAUCACCGAUUUGAAAUUUGAGAGUAUGUGGACAGAUAUCACAAGAACUGAUGAAACUUUCAGUAAUAUGUACGACCAGCGCGCCAUUAGCUCUGUGGAUCCAGAGGACCUUAGGUAUAUAUCUCCUCAAAGCAGUCCAAACGGUAAACCUCUACUUUUGUGUACUGGGACGAUCAGCGGUACGGUGUCGGUGUUGGAAGUAAAGGGUAUUAAUAGUGACGGGAGUCACGUGGUACAACACAUCGACAAACCGGCGUUUGGUUAGAUAUCGAGUUCUGCCUGUCAACUUUUGCGUGUUAUAUCUGGUUAGUUAUAUCUUGAAAAACGUGAAAACAAACAUCGUUGAUUCAGACUCCGGAUAAGAAGCUGGUGCUAUUUCAUCGAACUGUUACAUAAUAAUGCUCAUCACAAGUUUUACAGAUGUUUAUAGUAUUUUUUGUUUCUUUAUUAAUAAAUAUUUUGUUUUAUA